AUGGACUAUACCAAGAUUUUGAAGAUGCGAGGUAUAGCCUUCACGGCAAAGAAACCUGAGAUUGUUGAGUUCUUGAGGUACUACCAGUUGGUGGAGGAGAGGGUUCAGAUUGCGUACUGCCCUGAUGGGAAGGCUACCGGCAAAGAGUUUUGGAGUUUGUACGGGCAGAUGAGACAUAAAGAGUUUGUUCAUCGCCUCUCUCAGGAACAGAAGGAUCCGAGCUUUGCAUCGGAGCUGAUUCAUCCUUCAGCUGUGAAUCUCCUGUGUGGAUUUGGAGCUAUUUGGAAGAGGGAGGGAGGAUUCGAAGAACACCCAGAACCACAGCAGAGCUUGGAGCAAUCAACUGGCAAAUUUGAGAGGGUCGGAGAGGAAUUGGAAGAUACUCAGAUCCCCAGAAUUGGUUGGAGCAAGAAGGGGGUGAGAUCUUGCAAGCGGUCGUUGCAAUCGGCCACCUAGGAAUGGCCGAGAAUCCAUGUCUGACGUGGAGAGAACGCGGAGAACGCCUAGAAUCGCCAGAUCUGUUGCAUCUAUUCCUUUGUUGAUCGGGGUUGGACAGUACCCACGACCCGGGAAGACGAAUUCCACGACAAAGGGAAACCAGAUUUGCGAACCAUGCCGUUGAGAGAAAUGCAGGCGACCAGUUCUUGACAGAGAUUUCAUUGGCCGGGGG